UUCAGGGUUUUCUUGCGUCGGCAUAACCGGAAUGAAUGACAAAAACAAAGGAGGUUGAUGUCCACACCUCUCCGGCUCACCUCGUCUUCGCCUCGCCCAAGGAACGGAGGCUCCAUCUCCGGCAGAAGAUGGAGAGCGGAGCCGGGACUGAGGGCUCGGACGUCGGGGAGAAGAAGAAGAUCAACCGGGCUCCAUCCCCGGCCAGACCCAAGGAGGCACCGGGCUGGUCGCUCACCAAGAUCCGUGGAGGCAUCGGGACCCCGACCCUGAGCGUAAAGCCGGGAUCCAUCCACCUGAGCAGCCGGGUCUCCAGAGGAAAGGACGCCAAACCGGAGCGCAGCGGGGGGUCCAAGCCUGCGGGGAAGACCUCCUCAUCCCCGGUGUGCAAGACCUCCAAGGUGGCCACAGGAGGACGCAGGAAGGUGUCAGACGCCAGCUUGGCAUCCGAUGAUGCAUCCAAGGACUCCGGCUGCCCCGCAGGGAAGACGUCCCCGACGGACAGCAGCUCCGAGCUCUCCGACUCCCCGGAGCCGGUGAGCAGCGACGCAGAGUCCCGGAGCCACUGCUGCAAGGACCGGCUGUCCCUGUGCGUGGAGGCCGGGGCAGGGAGCCUGUCCCCGGGAGAGGAGCGCUCCUCGGUCGCCUCGUUUGACAGCAGGGUCCCGGCCAGCACCUCCCUGGCCUUCUCAGACCUCACAGAGGAGCUCAUGGACGGCAUGCAGGAGGAGUUUGUCCGGGAGAUAGAAGAGCUGAGAUCUGAGAAUGACUACCUCAAAGAUGAGAUGGAGGAGUUGAGGUCUGAGAUGCUGGAGAUGCGGGACAUGUACAUGGAAGAUGACGUCUACCAGCUGCAGGACCUACGGCAACAGCUCGAGCAGGCAAACAAGACCUGCCGCAUCCUGCAAUACCGGCUGAGGAAGGCAGAGCGACGCUCUCUGCGCGUGGCCCAAACAGGGCAGGUGGACGGAGAACUGAUACGGACGCUGGAGCAAGAUGUCAAAGUGGCGAAGGACGUGUCCAUCCGUGUCCACAGCCAGCUGGACAGCGUGGAAAAGAAGAGGAGUCGUCUGGAUCAGGAGAACGAGGAGCUGAGGGUCCGACUGCAGGACCUGGAGGUCGCCAAACAGGUCCUGCAGCAGGAGAUUGACAAGAAUUCCCAGAGGAAAAGAGGAGCAAGACCCAACAACAAACCUGACAAGAAGCUCUGUCCACAGGAGGACAGCUCAGACCUGAAAUGCCAGCUCCACUUUGCCAAAGAGGAGUCAGCCCUGAUGUGCAAGAAGCUGACCAAACUGGUGAAGGACAGCGAGGCCAUGAAGGAGGAGCUGGCCAAGUACAGGUCGCUGUACGGGGACGUCAACGCCUCGCUCACCGUGGAGGAGGUUGCCGACUCCCCCCACACGCGUGAGGCGGAGAUCAGAGUCCACCUGAAGCUGGUGGAGGAGGAGGCCAACCUGCUGAGUCGACGCAUCGUUGAGCUGGAGGUGGAGAACAGGGGGCUCCGAGCUGAGAUGGACGACAUGAAGGGACCACAAGAUGGUCCACUUGAGCUUUCUGGUGUUGGUUGCGGCCUUGGGGGAGGAGCCAUGGUACUCGGGGGAGGGGCUUCAUCUGAAAACGUCAUGGAGCUCCAGAGACACCUCCAGUUUGUGGAGGAGGAGGCGGAGCUACUGAGAAGGUCCCUCAUUGAGAUGGAGGAACAGAACAAACUCCUGAUGAAUGAGAUAAACCGCUGUAAAUCUGACCUGCAGCCGCCAACGCCUGCACUGUCGUCUAACUCAUUGGCGUCGCUCACUGAGGGGCUGCUCAACGACAGCCCGGUGCACUCCAUACAGGAGGGGGCGGUGCUUAUCAGCACAGACGCCCCCGCCCACGAGGAGGAGCUCCGACUGGCGAGGCUUCAGAUUGGAGAGCUGGGUGGAAAGGUGAAGAAGCUGCAGUAUGAAAACCGAGUGCUUCUGUCCAACCUGCAGCGCUGUGAUCUGGCCUCCUACCAUGCUCCAUCCUCCUCCUCGUCUUCCUCAUCACUACGAUUGUCUCUGGAGACUGACGCCGAGGCUGGAGACUCAGCUGAGUGCCUCCCAAGGUACCCGCCGCUCCGCAAAGAGCCAGUCGGGGGUGAGACCGACGCCCUGGAGAUCAAGGAACGGAAAAAGAAGAUCGAGGACAACGCUGACGCAACCGCCUCACUCCCUGGCUACCUGGGGCAGAAGGACCAUGAUGCCUUGCUGGCCAUGAGGGACCAGGCUCGCUUGGUUUCCACGGCGAUACAGCUCCUGACUUCCCCAGAGUCUAACUGCCUCUCCUCCUCCCCGUCCAUCUAUCACAAGGUCUGCAGCAAUGAGGCAGCAGAGCCGUGUGACCUGGAGAAACCUCAGCCUCACAGCCAGAUUUCAGAGCUGUCUGAUCUGGCGGACCGGCCCCUGGUUGGUGCUCUGACCAGCAGGCUCCAGGCCCUACACACCCAGCUACAGGCCUUUGUGGAGCGGGUAGACAGCCAGGGUAAACCCCCAGCGGGUGGGAGGGACCCUCAGGUUGAAGGAGCGUCUCCUCUGGCCUCACCCUGCGCCUCCCUCCCCUGCUCUGGGGACGGACAGGAUGGACUGAACACCGCCGUGGAGCAGCAGCCUGAUUAUAGGGACCAAUCAGAGCCGGAGGUGAAAUGUCAAAUCGAGGAGAACAGCCAAUCAGACAGCAAUGAGACACAAAAGCAGGAACACAGCCAGCUGGAACAGGGAGAGAAGGAAACAGACGAUGCGCUGCCUGUCCAUGGCGAUGACCUUGGGGCUCAGCUGUCCGAAGUGGAGGAGACGUCAUUGGGAACUCAGGGGGAGCUGGAGAAGGAGAGGCAGGCUCAGAGAGAAACCGCCCUCAAACUCACACAGCUCCAGGAGGAGCACCAGAAGGCUCUGCUCCGUCGGGACUUCCAGCUGCAGAGUUUGGGCCUCCAGGCUCGGCUCCAGCAGAAGUUGUGGAGCCAGGAGAGGACUCUGCUGGUCCAGGAGUCCCAGCACCUCAAACAGGCCCUGUUACUGCUCAGCCUCAAACUACGCUGCUUCCUCAAACAGUGGAGGCUGGGCUGCAGGAAGGACGCAGAGUGGAAAGACAUCUUGGAGAUGAACAGCCUGAAGGACCUCUACCUGCUGCUGGAGGAGGAGAACCUGAGUCCCGCCCACCAGACUGACAAGAGGGCCGCUGCAGACGAACAGCCACUCAGCCCAACUAUCAAGUCGAGCUCCGUGAGCAGCACCUUAGCAGACCUGAAGGUGGCGCUGCAAGAUUUGAGUGGAGAGUUGCGACAGGAGAGACAAGGCUCCCAAGAACUCACACAGCAGUUCGCCAAGGCCAAGGCAUCAUGGGAGGUGGAGAGGACUGAACUAAAGAGCAUCUUAACCCAGCUUGAGACCAAAUCAGGAAAAGCAGCAUCUCUCUCCGUCACUGAUGCUCUGGAUCCUCCAGACCUGAAGGUUGCGCUGAAGAGGGAGCGUGAAGAGCACCAGCACCUCCUGGCUGAUUCCUACGCCGCCGUGAUGGACCUAACAAAACAGCUUCAGAUCGGAGAGACGAACUGGGGCAGAGAGAAGCUGGAGCUGCUGGAGAGGUUCAGCCAGGAAAGAGCUCAGUGGGAGCAGAGACUGGGAGAGGCCACUGCACAACAGGGGAAGUCAAAGUCAUUAGGCAGCGAGUCCUCUGCAGACGCAUUCGUCACGAAUGGAACAGGAUCACCAAGAACCAAAUCCACAUCAGAGCUGGACGGCCCAGAAGUCAACGGUACAGCCAAUCAGGAAGAGAGAAUUCAGUUUGCUGUCCCAGAGCUCGGUGACCUCACCAGGAAGAACUGGACCUACCUAACCAAUGAGACCCCAGAGGUUGGGGACACCUGUAAAACCUGGGAUGGUCCCAGCGGCUCUUGCAGCAGCUUAGUGGGAUCAGAGCUGGAUCUGGAGUCCGUCCAGAGGAGCUACACUGCUCCAGACCGCACCGGCAUCCGGAUCUACUACAGCCCUCCUGCUGUAAGACGCAUGGAGCAAAGAAGAAGAAGCCAGGAGGCCAAAGAACCACAGCAGGCCCAGAACGGAAGCUCUUACCUGGGAGUGAGUGGCUCAGAUGCAGGCGUGGCUGCUUUUGGAACUCUUGAGGUUCAGCAAAAACAACCUCCAUCCACUUUUUCAUCCUCAUACGAGCAGUGGCUGAGCUCACUGUCUAAGCAGCACAGGGAGCUGCUGGAGAGCAGAAGUGUCUGCAUCGCUGGUUCCAUCCCCAGUGUCGCCAGCAACGGCGAAGGGAUGGCGCCCUCGUCAGCUUUCCACGGCCUGGAGAUCGGGGAGAUUUCAGCCAACUUAAGUGACGACAUGAAGGAGAUGACCAACUGUGUCCGCCAGGCCAUACGCUCUUCCUCUCUGGAGAGGAAAUCCUCCAAGGAACAUGGGAGUCAGGCUCUGGGCAUGUCAACCAGGUCCACACAGACCGCUGCGCAGUACGUCAGCAUCGGGCUUCAAACCGACCACCUUCCCAGCAGCAGAGGGACGGGGUUACACUCCAAGAACUGGUGUCCUCGCCCGCCAACAUCUACAUCCUCGCUAGCGUCCGCUCGGACCCGGCAGAUAUCCACAUCCCUGGAUAAAGUUCACAGCCGCAUCGAUAGGCCGUGUUGUUCACCCAAGUAUGGAUCACCAAAACUACAACGCAGAGGGUCUUCUGGCUCCACCUCCAGACUGGAUGGCAGUACCUCUUCCAGGGACCGGAGCCUGUGGAGCCUCCAGCAGAGAUCCAUGGGUGGAGGAGGAGGCUCGGCCUGGGCUCGCUCCACCACCACCAGGGACAGCCCCGUCCUGAAUGGCCUCACCGACGGCCUCUCCAGCCUCUUUAGUGUGGUCGAACACUCUGGAAGCACAGAGUCGCUCUGGAAGGGUGACGGAGGAGCCAGCCAGGGAGCCAGUCCAGCACGGCAGCCUUCCCCCGCAGGUAAAUCCACCACUGCAGCAGUCUGUGGUUCUGACCCCGGCUCUCAGCGGUACGGAGGCCUGGUCCAGGAGUUCUUCAGGAAUGUCUGCAGCAACCGUGGCCCAGGAGGAGUCACCCUGUCUGAAGAGGGAGCGCAAAGAGACUCCAAUGGCAGCCUCGGAGGUCUGGUUGUCAUGGGGGGUUUUGGCGUAGUGGAUGAGCCCAAGCCAGAGUGCGUGUCAGCAAGGGUUGGUGGAUUCGGGGCACUGGCUGGAAGCAACGACAGUGUGACCAAGAUCGUCAAUAAGAGGUUCAUGAGACAGACGGCCGGGGACGAGAUGGUCAGCAUCAUGGGAGGAGGGAAAGAAACCAUGAGCAGCGCUGUCGCCGCCGGACCUGGGACGGAGGAUGCACCCUGUGACUGUGCUGGCCAGUCCUCUUCCUGCCUCGCCCGACCAUCAAGACCAUCAGCUCGCCAUUCGCUCGGCCAGUGCAAACACCGCCCACAAGAGUCUCCGGCGGCAACCGAGGAGAAGGGGGACCCCUGCAACGAGUGACGACACUUCAAGGACACGCAACACACUGAUUCUUCACAAACACUGUACAUCACUGCCAUGGAAACGCACUUCCUCACACCUCUCACAUCAGCAAACGUACACACACACACACACACACCUGCCACACAGGUGCACUGCCAAACAUCACACACACUGCUAGCACACUGCACAGACUGCCCCACAAACCCACUGCCACAUGCACACAUUCAUAACAUAACACUUGUCUUGGACUGUACCAUUCUGAUGCCAAGGAAAGGGAGGACAGAAACUCCAAACCAGCAACAGAUCCAACCAUCACAAAACUACCAGCAGGACAUAAAACACACACAAUCCGACACGCUUCACUAAACAAGAACAACUCUACAAACUGAAGAGAGUCUAACAAGUUAAAAUAUGAUGUCAGGACUGGAUCUACUAAACCCUUCACCCCCCCCCAUCUACAGAAUAAGGUACUACAAAUGGUCCUUUUUGGAAUGGUCAUCUCUCCACCAUGCUGUUGGACCAGUAGCCAUGUUGGAUUUACAGAAUAAAAGGAUGCUGUCCCAGUUUGAGUAUGCGUUGAAAGUGCAUGUUACUUUGAGAGCCACAGUAUGAAACUGGAGGGGAGACAUCUCUUCACAACUGGAAAGCUCUUCCACAUUGUGGUAGCAACUCUGAAACCAUCAACCUAAGAUUAUUCCUCUCUGAAAAUACACACGCUGUGCUGGGAAAUGCAAUUAUGCCUUUUUGAUUCAUUAGCACAACAACAUUCCAGUGAUCUGACAACACCACCUUUUGAUGACACAUCUGCUUCAGUUGCAGCCUACUCUUCAAUGGUCCUCCUAUUACAGUAUAUCGCUAGUGGAAGAAUUUGAGUUCCAGUGGACUCCAAAUCCCAGCAUUACAUGACUUGGACUCCAUUGAUUGAUGUUUGGACUCGUCGGCUCUAUAAAUGAGACCAUACAACUGAUUUGAGGGGACCUCCUACCGUCUUUGCGUAGUAUAAACAACAGAAAGCUCCCCAGGCUUGUUUAGAAGUAAAUGUCCAUUAUGCUCACAGGAGGACUUUCGCCACAAAUACGAGGACGUUUUUUUGGCAUUGUAAUCAUGAUUACUAAGCCCUAUAGAUUUAAGAAAACCCACUUUGAACAUGUUACACUCCCGAGUAUGAUUGGAAUAAUUAUAGUUUUGGUUUCAACCAGUUACAGCUGGCAUAAAGUGCCUGUUUGUUUCCUACUUUGAGAUACUUAUAACUGAUGUCAAGAUUCAUCCUUAACUUUCGAUGAUCAUUAAACUAAAAGCCCAUUUGGAGUUUUCAUUUGGCAUUGGAUGGAGAUGCACUGAUGUGACUUUUUAAACUUAUUUGCCUCAACAACUAGUUUGGCAAAUUGCUACAGAAGCUCAACAAAAAACAUGACAAGUAUUCCAAUUCACUACAUUCUGUAAAAAAGUACAGAAGAUUUAGGUGGUGUAAACUAGAUAUUUAUGUCAAACUUUCGGAAUCUGAUUUACAUAAUUAAGAAAAGUUUUAACAACAUUAACGACAUUGACCUGAUGUCCAUCAGCCUUAUCAGUGCAUCUCGACCCUACUGUGCUUCAUGGCAUCAGAUAUGAGGUUUGCCCAAACUCAAAAUUCUCAUUGUGGAGAACCUGCUCGCUAACUCUAAACAAGGAGAAUUCAGAUGGUAUCCUUUUAUUAGAGAGUCUUUCCCAGAUGUGUAUGUGUGUAUGGUUUUAUGUACGUUUAAUCAUUCAAUUCCCAUUUCUAGGUCUAGUGAAGGGGAUAGUUUUAAAAUACUUCCUCUUUUCUCUCCGCUCUUCUCUCACGCACAACUUUCCUCGUGUUGUAGUACUACACCGCCGGCGUAGCUACAGCAUGAAAUCCAUACACAUUUGAAAAAUGUAGCAUUAUUACAUGAUUUUGGUAAACAACAAUCUACGAGCUGUGACUGUCCAUUUGAAGCCAGAGCACUGAGUUUUUACUUUUUAAGAAAUACAUUCAUGAUAUUCUUUUUAUUUAUUGAAUUCAGUACUUUCAAAAUAAAAUGUAUAUCCUUCUCUAUCAACAUGACAACAUGUCAAAUCCAACGAUAUGCCAUUUCUUAAAGUAGGUUUUCUGCACACUUAAGAGACGUAAAUAUAUGUUACAGGGGUACUGACACAAAUGGUCUUAUUGGUUAAUUGAAAACAAUCAUAUUUGGAAGGUUUUUUAAUUCCAUUUCUUUCUCCUGUCCCUUUGUUUGCCAUGUUGGGUUUCUAAUCAAUCAAAAGAUAUUCAAAGUGCCUGUCAGAUUACCUUUCAGUCAGCUCACACCAAAACUGGACUCCAUAUAAAAACACACAAACAAACACAGCAGGCCUUUUUUUUAAAUGGGCGAGAUUGUUUUUAUGCACAUAAUUGCGAUCAGGCUGUACUGAGUAAAGCUACAAUAAAGUACUGUACCACAGUGGAGGAAGGACAAGAUGGUUUACAGGUAUAGUAGGACAUAGUAUGCACACUAUACUGACUUUUUUUAUACCAAGGGUUAUUGUAUUUCUGCAAAGUAAAUUAUUUUUGUUUCGUUUAUUUUAUAUGGAUAUCUUUGCUGAUUUAUUAGCCUGUUAUUUCUAUUUCUAUUUAGUUGUCAUGGUGCUACUUAGUGUAAAGUCUGCUGUGGGCUCAUCAUCUAUUUGAAUUAUGUCUAUGUAUGAGCUGCAGUCGAGCGUUUUCUCCAUCUCUCCACACAAUUGAAUGACUCAGCAGUUUAAAAUAGGGCAUUACAGUAACAGUGCAUGCAUUUAAAUAACACAGUGAGGAAAACCCACAGUCUAGAUGCUGCUGUCUGUCUCCACUCCAGCCCUCAAUGCUGGUAGAAAAGCAAUUAUCUGAAACCGGUCUCCGCUUCAAAAGCUACUUGCCAUGGGAAUAGAUGUUUUUUGACUACAAUUAUACAACAGGUUGUUUGAGCCAAGCAAUCUGAUUGGUUAAAGACCACAUGAAAUCAUAUAACCUCGUUAAAAUGCUUCCAAAAAAGUACACAUCCAUUCCUGUCUACAUUCCAUGAUAUUAUUUAUUAAAGCUUUGUAGUUACCUCACACAAUCAGAAACCACAUCUGCUAUGUCACUUCAGAGAAUAAACUUGAUGAUAAUACAUACUAUGUAUUUAACAACAACAGGAGAAAAGGGGAAACAGCUCUCUUAGAUUUUGCUCGCUAAUAAACUAACAGGUUCACUUGGCAAAGCAGUGACCUGUAGGUCAGAUCUAGCUUAGCUUCUUUCUUCUGACUGCUUAGAUUUGACAAUUUCAAGGAUUCCACAAUGACCCAAUUUUCAGUUACCACUUGCUGCCUGUACAUGGCACCUCUACAGUUAUUCAAAAUGUGGCUAAAUAUACUGUUUCUGUUUAGGGUUAGCAAAGUUAACUGGUUGCAUUUGUUGCACACAGCUAUGUCUGUUAAUGUAGUCUACAUUUUAAAAGUGGAGUAUUCCUAGUCAGGACAUUUUAUCAAAACUCAGAUAUACAUCAAUGACCAGCCGCUCCGCAUCCCAUGUACAAUCUCUUUAAAUAAAACUAAGUUUGAGUUUUGGCAAACCAUCACAAAAGUUAUUUUCACAAAUAUUAGCCUCUCAUGCUAUCUUCCUGCACAAAUUACAGACCAUAGUGCAUGUCAAGACGGUGAGAGAUGAACAGCUGGUCAACAUGUUAUUAUCUACUCUCAAAAUAGUUCACACACGUUAGUAGUGUCACGGUAACAGAAAUCAAAAACUACUGAAUACAUUUUUCCAUGAGCUGUGGCCCAUACGUUUGGUGUCUCCGUUAUGGCUGUUUAUUAAAAAAAGAACUAUAGAAGUUGAUGCACAGUGCAGAAUGUAACCACAGUCCAAUAAUGGAAAGAAAAAAUCUCUCCCACCACACACCAGGAUGAGGGACCACAAAGGAUCCUUCAUCAUACCCUGAUAUUAGGUCUGGCACUAUUUGUGUUUUUGGAUACUACUACAGUACUACAGAAUCUGUCAUAGUAAAGCCAUUAAUCCAUCACAUUUGAAAUUCAAACAUUUAACAUGCAAAACAGCAACCAAAUGUCAGUAAGUUGUUUUUUUUGUGGGAUUUUCAACACUAAAAACAAUACACAUGCAUGUGUGAGUAGAUGAGAUAAAAGAAAGCAUUCUGUUGAAUGAGGUAGACCUUUGCAGAGUAAGUGAUAAUACUAAGGCAAGAAGGAAGUGGGAUUUUAAUUUGAAUUAAAGACGCAACCCCUACAAAAUAAAAGCACAAACCUGAAACAAAUCUACUUUUUCUAGAAUAGACUGUCGACAACUGUAACAGAAGUGUUGGCAUCAUUUACCAAAACAUUUUGUCAUAUUUAAACCGUGAUGCGAUAUUUUAAAAGUUCCUGCUGUGGCCCAGCUCAAUGACACGAGUGAAACUAGGAUUCUUGUUGUGAGAAAUGUUCCGCUCUACCUCUUACACCUUUUACACCAUUACCGUACUCUGAGACACUUCAUUAAGUCACAAGACAAUAAGACACAUGUAUCUUUAAUGUUAUUGUGCAUCAUUCUAUAGGAGAAGGUCACUUUGUGCUUCUCCUCUGCAAAGAUGUCUGGCUUGAAUUUAAACACUUAUUUUUCUGCAAAUAUUUGGCUCCAUCUCGGGACAAACUAAAUCAUGGUUCAUUACAUCUGAAGUUAAGAUCAUAUGUCUUAAGGUGUAAAAUGAUCUGUAUUUACAAUAUUCACAUUUUCACUGACCAAACGCGUUGCAUACUAAUAGGUUGACCACAGUCUCAGGAGCUGUUGUGUGACCAGACCUCCAAACGGUUAAAAAUUCAGAUUUUGUUUUGGUUUGAGCUAAACCUCCAUUCUUAGGUUUUCUGCUGAUAUUCCAGGAUCGAACAUAGGCCGGUAUUUUAGACAAAUUAUAUGAUAGACCAUUCCAAAUCUAGUUGAGGCUGUGGAUUAAACUGCCACUGUUGUUUUGAUGCUGGGUUCAUUUCAAAUUAUAGGGCGCCAAAAAAUACAGAACGUUUAAUAUUUUUUAGCUGAUUUGGAUGCAUAAAAUGAUUAGCUUGUAAUGCUUUAAAACUCAUGAUUUCUCCUAUAAUAACAUCAUAUGUGACAUAUAGCUGGAAUAACACCUCACAGCUCCUUCUGGUAUUUAACGUGGAUGUACUUUUUGCUUGCAUAAGAAUCAAAACUCUCUCCGACUCCGAUGUCAUUGGUCAGAUCUGUCUCUGCCUCUCCAGCCUUUUCCACCUGCCUGUCAGGUGUUAUAUUUGCUCCGCCCCCCCUCAGGUUAUAAGUACCAGACAUUGCAGCCAAUGACAGACAGAUUUAUAGGUCGCACAUCAUCACCAGCCAAUAACUGAUGAGCUCUCACAGGUUGCAUGGCACAAACCACGAGUCUCAUCAUUUCCUGUUUGUCUGUAAGCCUAACGUGUUUCCAUGCCAUUCAUAUGAUUAUUACAUCCUGGGAAUAUGUAAAUGAAUUCUUAGCUGUUCAUAAUGUUAGCUAAACUAUUACCUAAAGACUGCCUGUAUAUUUGCUUUAUAUAACCUGCUCUUGUCUUUUUUUAAUAACACCUGUUUUCUUGAAUAAAAGGAGAAUGCAAAGAAAGACAAAUUAAAUGAAGGAAAUGUGUCCCCCAUGUAGUGCAAAUUGGAAAAGAAAGAAAAUGUUUUUUACUAUCUCUGUCCUUUUGUUUCUUUGAGAACAGCUGAAUGUCAGCAGCUGAUCCGAACCAGGUCGCUGUGGAAUUAUGUAGCUCUCUCCCUUUAUAGACCACACUUGAGCAUUUCUUCUGUACAUAAAAGCAUUUUGAAGCUGACGUAAAAUAAAAAAGGCAGCAAACGUUUAAUGAGUAAAAUAAGGAAAUUUGAUCCAAGUGGAUUUUUAAAGAGGUCGAGGAGAAGUUUUUUUUUCUGAGCGAUGUAGCUUGUAAAACAAGAUAUUAUAACUGCCUCCUGUUUGUCAUAGAAUUCACAAAUAAAUGUU